GCUUUGUACUAAGGAGGCAGGCGUACUUAUCGUUUCGAUUUAUCGAAGCGUUUAACGACAUUACUCGUAAGAAAAUAAAUCCAAUUUAUAGAAUGUAACAUUCAUCGAUAAUAUUCUUUUGUUAAGUAGAAAACGAAUGAUACAAAUACAGAAAGUGUUCAACAGGUGUACCUUUUAUUUUCCUCCACGAUACAGUUUCAUGCGAAGACAAAGAACGAUUCCGGAUAGUGGAUUUGGUUGAACUAUCAUCGAACGGGAUUUAUCUAUUUGGAAUAUCGACAACGUGAAUUUAGUGAUUGCUCUCAAGAUUCCUUUAUUGUGUCUGUGUCGUGUCAAUUUUCAAGUGAUUGCUCAAUUAGUCAGCAAUCAGAUUGUUCGUUAAGAGGACUCUCAAGUAGAUAUCAAUUAAAGAAUUAAUAACAGUGGGUUAAUGCAGCAUAUAGAAGAAGAUGGACACAACCAAUUUGAAAUCGAAACCAAAUCCACGAGAAAAAGCGAAUUUACUCUCAGUGUUACUUUGGUGGUGGACAAUAGAUUUAUUUAAGAUAGGCUACAGAAAGAUUCUGCAAACCGAUGAUUUAUAUACUCCUUUGAAGACGGAUCGAUCGAAUAUGCUUGGAGAUCGAUUGGAAAAGCGAUGGAAAAUUGAGAUGGAAAAUUCGAAAAAACAUAAAAGAAAAGCCAGUUUAUUGAGAGCAAUUUUUCGUACCUUUUGGUGGGAAUAUACUGUGCUUGGUUUAAUGCAAAUAUUAAAUGAAUUUAUUAUCCGAUUAGGGACACCAAUACUUUUGGGUGGACUUUUACGUUAUUUCAAAAAGAGUAUGAAUGAAACUUACGAAACUGCAUUAUUAUACGCGGCUGGAAUUUGUAUAGCAACAGCUAUAAACGUAAUCACUCUCAAUCAAGCAAUUUUCGGUGCGUUUCAUAUUGGUGCAAAAAUCAGGGUUGCCACAUGUUCUGUAGUGUAUCGAAAGGCAUUACGACUUAGCAAAACAGCACUUGGUGAAACAGCUCCAGGGAAAGUAGUUAAUUUAGUGGCUAAUGAUGUAAAUAGAUUUGAUCUUGUUUCCAUCUUUAUACAUCAUAUGUGGUCUGCUCCAAUUUCUAUGUUAAUCAUAGCAUACUUUCUUUAUACUGAAGCUGGAUAUGCUGGUUUAAUUGGUAUUGCUGCAGUUUCCGUCGUUGUGCCAAUUCAGUCAUAUACAGGAAAAUUGUCUUCCAAAUUUCGGCUACAAACUGCUAUAAAAACUGACGAAAGAGUUCGCUUAAUGGACGAAAUUAUAUCAGGUGUUCAAGUAAUUAAAAUGUAUGCCUGGGAAAAACCAUUCUGCGCUUUGAUCGAAACUGCACGUAAAUUAGAAUUACAAGUUGUCACUAAAAGUGCCUAUAUUAGAGGUAUUUAUAUGACCUUCAACUUGUUUACUACAAGGAUGGCUCUUUAUACUACUCUAAUUAGUAUCCUCUUAUUUGGCAAUGAAUUAUCUGCCGAUAAAGUGUUUGUUUUUUCUUCCUAUUUUAAUAUUUUGGCGCAUACUAUGUCUGGAAUGUUUGUGCGGGGUUUUGCGGAGAUUGCCGAAUGUAUAGUGGCUGUAAGAAGAUUACAGCAUUUUCUGAUGUAUGAAGAAUUUCAAGAUAAUAUUUAUACUUCAAAUAAUUUCACUGCUAGUCUUAAUGGUAGUAUUAAUAGUGUAUCCAAACAAGUUUUCAAUAAAACUUCUAAAAAUGAUAUACCAUAUAUUGAUGAUGAAAUAGAUAGUUAUGAGAAUCUGGAUGAUUCUUUAGAAAAAAGGAGGCACAAUGGUUUAAUAGUUGUUGCUAGUGAUUUGUUGGAAAAUACAGCAAAUCUUAUGGAAGAAAAAAAACAUUCUUCAAUGCCAAUUGAAGAGAUAUAUGCAAUAAAAAUGACGAAUUUAACAGCCAAAUGGGAAUCAAGUCAAUCUGAGAAUACUCUUGAAAGUAUAAAUUUAGAAAUGCAAAAAGGAAAGAUAUAUGCUGUAAUAGGUAUGGUUGGAGCUGGAAAAAGUUCUUUUCUUUCUGCCAUUCUUGGAGAAAUAGAUAUAACGAGAGGUCACGUGAAAGUAAACGGAAGUCUGAGCUAUGCUGGACAAGAAGCUUGGGUUUUUGGUUCAACUAUUAGACAAAAUAUUCUUUUUGGACAAUCUUAUGAUCGUCAUCGAUAUCAGAAAGUUAUUAAAGCUUGUUCUCUUUCAAGAGAUUUCAAACAAUUUCCACAAGGUGAUCAAACAGUUGUUGGAGAAAGAGGCAGUUCCUUAUCAGGAGGACAGAAAGCUAGAAUCAAUUUAGCUAGAUCUUUAUAUAGACAAGCAGAUAUUUAUUUGUUAGAUGAUCCAUUAAGUGCUGUUGAUACUCAUGUUAGUAAACAUUUAUUUGAGGAAUGUAUGCAAAGAUAUUUAGCUGGAAAAACGAGGAUUUUAGCUACUCAUCAAUUACAAUACGUGAAAAAUGUAGAUGCUAUUAUACUUAUAGAUCAAGGAAAAGUUACAGUAUUUUCUAAUUUUCAAGAUUUAUUGAAGCAACGACCAGAAUAUGCUGAAUUACUUGCAGCAGAAUCAGAAACAAAUGAAGAUAGUUCUUUAGAAAAAAGUACUAUGAGAAGACAAUUUUCAUCAUCAAGUACUAGAAGUCGAACUCCAGAAGCAAGUAGCGGAGGAACAGAUGAUGAGGAAGAAGAUGAAGAUCCUCAAGGAUUAAACGAUGGUCUAGAAGGAACUUCUCGUGGAGCAGUUAAAGGUUCACUAUUCAUUAAGUACUUCCAAACUGGUGCUAAUUUAUGUUUAGCAUUUACACUACUCCUACUAUUUAUAAGUACACAGUUUAUAGCCAGUCUCAAUGAUUAUUUUGUUCCUAUUUUAGUAAGUGCAGAAGAAACGCGACAUUAUUACCUUAUACAAGCUAAGUCUAAUAUUACCAAUGAUACUUUGAUUGAAAACUUGGAUAUUUCAUCAAUGUAUAAAUAUCUAUAUAUUUAUACAAUUAUAGUUGUGGGAAUAUUUUGUAUUGGUAUUACCAGAUCAUUGUCUUUUUACAAAGUAUGCAUAUUAUGCAGUCAAAAAUUACAUGAUAUGGCCUUUAGCGCUUUAAUUAGAACGGGUAUGAGAUUUUUCGACAUCAAUCCCAGUGGUCGAAUACUUAAUAGAUUUUCUAAAGAUAUGGGAGCUAUCGAUGAAUUAUUACCAAAGGCUAUACUCGAUGCUGGUCAAAUAUGUAUGAUGAUGGUUGGAUCGUUAACAGUAUCGUGUAUCAUUAAUCCUCUUUUCUUAAUCCCUAUAGUAUUUUUGGGUACAGUAUUUUAUUGGAUAAGAAAAGUAUUUUUAAAGACUAGUAAAAAUAUUAAGAGAAUGGAAGGAAUAACUCGAUCACCUGUAUUUACUCAUUUAAAUGCUACUUUAAAUGGAUUGUCUACCAUAAGAGCUUAUUGUGCACAAGAUAUAUUAAAAAAAGAAUUUGAUAAACUGCAAGACGUCCAUACUUCCACUGUUUAUAUGUACGUAACAGCGAGUACUGCUUUUGGAUUUUCGUUGGAUGUCUUUUGUUUCAUCUUUAUAUCUGUAGUUACCUUCAGUUUUUUGUUAUUGGAACAAUCAUUUUCCGGUGGAGAAGUAGGCUUAGCUAUCACUCAAGUAAUGGCUAUGACUGGAAUGAUUCAAUGGGGUAUGAGGCAGAAUGCUGAAGUCGCGAAUCAAUUGAUGUCUGUGGAGCGUGUAUUAGAAUAUACGCAAGUCAUACCCGAACCGAAUUUACGCGAUAGAGGAAAGUUUGCCAAAAAAACAGAAAAACAAGUUGCACUUCCUGCUAAUGCACCAAAAAAUUGGCCUAUUGAUGGAAUGAUCAAAUUUAAAAGCGUAUAUUUGAAAUAUGUAGAGGAAGAUCCUCCGGUAUUAAAAGGAUUAAAUCUUGUCAUUAAUCCUGGAGAAAAAAUAGGUAUAGUGGGAAGGACAGGAGCAGGAAAAUCCUCUUUAAUAGCAGCUUUGUUUAGAUUAGCUAAAAUCGAAGGAAUUUUAGAAAUCGAUGGUAUAGACACUGGGUCUAUUUGUUUAGAGGAUUUACGACGUAAUAUAUCUAUUAUUCCUCAAGAUCCAGUUUUAUUUUCUGGUACCUUGAGACGCAAUUUAGAUCCUUUUAACGAAUUUACAGAUAAAGCUAUAUGGGAAGUACUUGAAGAAGUAGAAUUAAAGGAUGCUGUAGUUACUGCUGGUACAGGUUUGGAAAGCCGUGUUUUAGAUAGAGGUAGUAAUUAUAGCGUUGGUCAAAAACAGUUAGUUUGCUUGGCAAGAGCUAUUUUAAGAAACAAUAAAAUUCUGAUGCUUGACGAGGCGACAGCUAAUGUAGAUCCGCAAACAGAUGCCUUAAUUCAACAUACAAUACGAAAAAAAUUUGCCAAAUGUACCGUACUUACUAUUGCCCAUCGAUUAAAUACAAUUAUGGAUAGUGAUAAGGUUUUAGUUAUGGAUAAAGGUCGUAUGGCGGAAUUCGAUCAUCCAUACAUAUUACUUCAAAAUAGCUACAGUCAAUUCAAAUCAUUAGUAAAAGAAACUGACCGUGCUAUGUACGAUCAAUUAGUCAAAGUUGCAAAACAAUCUUAUAUUGCCAAAUACGGAGAACGAUGAUUUUUGAAUAAAAAAAAAAAAAACAUAUAGACAAAACAAAUAGAAAUUAUUUAGUGAUAAUAUUGUGCAAUUUAAAAGUUAUAUUUUUUUAUAAUAUAUUUCCAAACAUAACAAUACCAAACAUAAAAAAUAUUCAAGAUAUAUAUUUUUGUAUUUCUAUAUAUGCAAAUUAUUGAAAUGUAUUUCAAGAACUUUAUUGUAAUAUAUAAAUAGAAUGCUGCUGUGCGGCGUACUGGCACUUAUAACGAGUACCAAAGUACUUAUAUUUUCUUUAUUUCGAAUUUUAUAUGUUUACAUUGUAGGGAAUAUUACGUAUACGCGUUUUUGCAUUUUAAAAAAUGCAAAUAAAACAUAAGUGUUAAGUGAUAAAUAAAGAAUUAAGCUACAUUUAUAACAUUUUUAUAAAGAAGAUUAUUAUUAUACAUAUACUAUAAUCUU